AGAGCCGCUGCCGCCUCGCGCAACGUCGCGCGCGGGCGGAUUGGCGGAGUCCCGAAGAAACAGGAAAAAGAAGAAUUCCGCAGCGCCGCUUUCCCACUCCGCUCUCCUCUCGUCUCCUUUAUGGGGUUGCCAGUUCCCCCAACCUCGUCGUGCGGCGCCCUCUAUGUAGCAUGCUUGGGAGAACCUGAUAGCAUCUUUCAAAUGAACCACCAACUACAAGUAUGACAUUAGAACAUCCCACUGUCUCUUCUUGGAAGAUGGGGGAAAAGGAUGAUGACAAAUGUAGUCAAUCUAGCCAAAUAUUUGAAAACUUUGUGCAAGCCUCAACGUGCAAAGGUACCAUACAGGCCUUUAAUAUCCUCACUCGUCAACUUGAGCUAGAUCUUUUGGACAGCAGGAAUUUUUAUACAAAACUUAAAUCAAAAGUGACCAGUUGGAAGGCCAAAGCUUUAUGGAACAAACUGGAUAAAAGAGCAAAUCAUAAAGAAUAUAAGCGUGGGAAAUCUUGUAUAGGCAGUAAGUGCUUAAUUGUUGGAGGUGGCCCCUGUGGUUUGAGGACUGCCAUAGAACUUGCCUUCCUGGGAGUCAAAGUUGUUGUUGUGGAGAAGCGGGACACCUUUUCAAGAAACAAUGUACUUCAUCUAUGGCCUUUUACUAUUCAUGACCUUCGAAGUCUGGGAGCUAAAAAGUUUUAUGGGAAGUUUUGCGCAGGAUCCAUAGACCAUAUUAGUAUUAGACAGCUUCAGCUUAUUCUCUUCAAAGUUGCGCUGAUGUUGGGAGUAGAAAUUCAUGUGAAUUUAGAAUUUGUGAAAGUUUUGGAACCUCCUGAAGAUCAAGAAAAUCAAAAAAUAGGUUGGCGAGCUGAAUUUCUCCCAAUGGAUCAUCCUUUGUCUGAAUUUGAAUUUGAUGUUAUCAUUGGUGCUGAUGGCCGCAGAAACACUUUGGAAGGUUUUAGGAGGAAAGAGUUUCGUGGUAAACUGGCUAUUGCUAUUACUGCCAACUUUAUAAACAGAAAUACAACUGCAGAAGCCAAGGUGGAAGAGAUCAGUGGGGUUGCUUUCAUCUUCAAUCAAAAAUUCUUCCAAGAUCUGAAAGAAGAAACAGGAAUUGAUCUGGAGAAUAUUGUCUACUACAAAGACAGCACUCAUUAUUUUGUGAUGACUGCAAAAAAACAGAGCCUUCUUGAAAAGGGAGUAAUUAUUACCGAUUACAUUGAUACUGAAAUGCUUCUUUCUGGGGAAAAUGUAAACCAAGAUAAUCUACUGUCCUAUGCAAGAGAAGCUGCUGACUUUGCAACAGAUUACCAACUGCCUGCCUUGGAUUUUGCAAUUAAUCAUUAUGGACAACCAGAUGUGGCAAUGUUUGAUUUUACUUCCAUGUAUGCCUCUGAAAAUGCUGCAUUAAUACGAGAGAGGCACAGACAUCAGCUGUUGGUUGCUCUUGUCGGAGAUAGUUUACUAGAGCCGUUCUGGCCAAUGGGCACUGGUUGUGCAAGAGGGUUCCUGGCUGCAUUUGACACAGCAUGGAUGGUGAAAAGCUGGGCACAAGGAAAGCUCCCGCUUGACAUUCUUGCAGAAAGAGAAAGCAUUUAUAGACUCCUACCCCAGACAACUCCAGAAAAUCUCACUAAGAACUUUGAUCAGUACACCAUUGAUCCUGCAACACGUUAUCCAAACUUGAAUUCAAGCUGUGUUCGGUCUCAUCAGGUGAAGCACUUAUAUAUUACAAAUGAACUGCAGCAGUGCCCUCUUGAAAGAGUGAGUUCCAUUAGAAGAUCAGUUGGCCUUUCACGACAUGAAUCUGACAUCAGGCCGAACAAGCUUUUAACUUGGUGUCAGAAACAAACGGAAGGAUACAGGAAUGUUGGUGUUACAGAUCUUACAACUUCAUGGAGGAGUGGCCUUGCCUUGUGUGCAAUUAUGCAUCGCUUCAGACCUGACCUCAUUGACUUUGAUUCUCUGAAUGAAGAAGAUGCUGUCAAAAACAAUCAGCUAGCAUUUGACAUUGCUGAACGGGAGUUUGGAAUUCCUCCUGUGACCACUGCAAAAGAAAUGGUAUUGGCUGGAGAACCUGAUAAACUUAGCAUGGUCAUGUACCUCUCAAAAUUCUAUGAGCUAUUUAGGGGAACACCUUUGAGAACAGUUGAUGCUGUUGACAAACAAAAUGGAGAGAAAAGUGACCGUUGUUCAGCAAAAUCAUCAAAGUUCACCUCUAAUAAUUACAACAAUUUAACAUUUCCAAGGAAGAGAAUUCCUAAAGCUGAAAGAAAUGCAGAAGAAAAUGAAAUGAAUAAAAAGAGGCGUAAAAGUCUCAUAAACUUUGAAGAGUCUUUUUUGAAUCGGGGAACAAGUCCUGGGAACCAAUUGGGAGAUGUGAAAGAAGUAAUUAAUCGAAACAAAGUGAAAUCCAUGGCAACUCAGCUCUUAGCCAAGUUUGAGGAAAAUGCUCCCAAUGUAUCUCUACGGAGACAGGACUUGGUAGAUAAACCAGCUUUGUGCCUUUCUUCUGAUCCUCCUGUAAAUCCUCGCUUUGCUAAACCUAAGGAUCCAUCUUGUAGCCAUCCACCUCCGCCAAAAAGGCAGUUUCAGGCAGUAGCUAGGGCUGACCAUACAGUCAGGGAUUCUACACAGUCUUUGUCUGGUGCUCAGCCAACGCCCAGGUAUUCAAGAUGUACAGAACAGACAGUUUUGGAGUCCGAUUUUUCUGAAUCACUUGCAUCUUCCUGUCCUGCUGCAUUUGCACUAUCUGGUGUGCUUCAACGCCUUCAACAUGUGGAGGAAAAAAUUAACCAGAAGAGAGCUCAAUCCAUAGCAAAUAGGGAGUUUCAUAAAAAGAACAUUAAAGAAAAAGCGGCUCAUCUUGCAUCAUUGUUUGGAUAUGUCGACAUCCCAAAGAAUAAACUUCCUACUAAAGGUCUCUCCCAUUCUCAGCCCCCACCUCCCUCUUGCUUUUCAUCUUAUGACUCAGCUGCUUCCUCUUCAUCAUCUAUUGACUCUGCUUCCCCUGCUGUUCAUUCUAAAAAGAUGACUGUAGGGAAGGUUUCACAUGGAAUAGGUGCUAUGGCAGAAGUUCUUGUCAAUCUGUACAUGAAUGAUCACAGGCCCAAGCCACUGUCUGUCUCUUUACAAAUGAACCAACCAGUGGAUGAAGCUGCUGUGGCUGCUGCCUCUUUUCCUGAUUCUUCCUCUACUUCUCAAGUUUUUCCUUCCAUUGCUCAGAGCUGUCAGAGUUCGCUGAAAAAAGAAUUUCCCCGGUCAGUGGGUGGGAGUGACAUUUGCUGUUUCUGCAAGAAAAGAGUAUAUGUCAUGGAGCGGCUGAGUGCAGAAGGCCACUUUUUCCACAGAGAAUGUUUCAAGUGUGCUGUAUGUGCUUCUACUCUCCGUCUAGCAAUGUAUGCCUUUGAUGCAGAAGAAGAUAAAUUUUACUGCAAGCUUCACUUUGCACAAUGUAAAACAAAUAAUAAGCACAGAAAGCAGAGAGCUAUAUUAAAGACUCAUGAAAAGGCGGAAGUGGAAUUGUGGAGGGAAGAAGAACCCAUGUCUGCAGAAACCACUACAGAAUGUGCUUUUGUUGCCAAAAGCAACCCAGAGGCCCAACCACCAGAUGGCUACUAUAAUACAAUAGAUGAACCAAUUUAUCCAAUGAGGUGCAAGGAAGUCCUUGACACUGAUUUUAAAGGCAAACACUCCUUUGUGUCUUCAGAAUGGGCCUCUGUAAGAGUUAUUCCAGAAGAAGAGAUGACUGAACACAAUCUUCUGGCUGUCCGGGUUAUGGUAACCAGUGAUGGAAGCAGCUCAGAACUAGAAUCCGAUUUAUAUGGUGAUUUGUCCAGUUCUGAGGUUAACAAAAGGGGACUGCCAUUGCCUGAGCCCAGGAGCUACACCUCAUCUUCCCUGAGGGCUCUGUCUGUGAAUGCAAGUUUAGUCCAGAAAGAAGAAUGCCAUGAAAAGACCAAACUGGCAAAUGCUCUGCAACGAGCCAGUAGUCUUCGGGAAACUUCAGCACUGAAAAAAUCCCAAAGUUGGAAGAAAAAAAUUCAAUCAAAUUUUCCUCUGUUGUACUCAAAGAAAAAUGGCCCGUCUUCGAAGAACAGCCCUUCCAGAAUGAAAAGAGAUUCUGAGGAUGAUCCCUUCCUCCCAGAACUUAUAUCUUCCAGCAAAAUUCCAGAAUUUACAACAGGACAUUUCAAACUCCACAGCCGAGUAUUUCAAAGAAAAGGAAAAGCCACAGAGGUAGCUGAAGAAAUCCCUGUCUAUGUUCUUCAUCAUUCAUUUCACAACAGCACUAAGAGCAGCCCACUGGCACGUAGUAAAUCUUUCCAUCAUGGCCUCAAGACAUCAGUACCCAUUAACAAGAUGCAUGAAGCCGAGAGUUGCAAUAUAGGGGACCAAUGUUUAAAAAACCAGACAAUGUACAGAGAUAGUAGGACCUUGGGAUUGUUUGUGAAAUGCUCAGAUACUUCUUCUGUAAAUCUUGAAAAACUAGAUAAAACAGCUUCAAUAUCCUCUAAAGACCAGCAUUUAAACAAAGCUAAAAACAAAAUAAUGAGGAAACUCACAUUUUCGAUGGAACAACAGUCCAGACUACAUGGUUUGAAUGAUGGAAGAAAAACAGAACAGCAAGGCCAAGGAAUUCUAGAAGAGAAUCCAAUACCAUCCAGUUGUUACAGACAUCCCAGACUCUCAGAGACCUAUUUGCCAACUAUGUCACCAGAAUACAAACUUGCAAAGAAUGCUGAUAAGUGUCCCAAAGGACAUAUCACUAGCCAGUCUAAAUCACCAUUGAGGAUAAUUGCAAGCGCCAUAAAGAGAUCCAUCAUAGAACCUCUUAGAUCUCCCUCAGAAGGACUGAAAAGGAGCCAAGAGAAAAAUGCCAAAUUUCCUUCAGAAAACAUAUUUUUCAGCUUCCCUUAUACUAUAAGAAAUGACCAAAAUCAAGGGGGACAUGAAACCCAGAUGCAAGAGCCCAGUGAGUUGCAUGCUCCAGGAAAAGCACUUGAAAUUGGUAGUUCAAAUAGUUCUGAUUUUUCCAGAAGUCCAAAAGAAGAAUAUUCGUAUGAUGACACAUCUUUUCCUGUUUACAGUGUGCAUACCAGCCCAAGUGAAAAUCUUGGUACAUUUGAAUAUUCUUCCCAUACUGACAUAGAUGAUGUGCCGAAACUUUUACAGAGAUUUACUCUUAAAGAGAAUCUCUGGAAGUCUACCAGGGAUGACUUAAGUCACCGUAACCAAAAGAACAAACUUCAUUCAUCUCUGAAACUCAAGAACAAAAGUUCUGAUACUAUUUUAGAUAGUGCUGUACAGAGGAACAAUCUCUUGAACCUCUUUAGUAAAAUGAGGGGUGAUGAAGAUAAAAAUCCUUUGUUAAGGUCCCCUCUGCAUUCCAGUACUGAGGAAAUAAUAAAUCAUCCUUGCGGUGGAGGAUAUGUAGGCUCUGACUGUCUUCCUGUCAGAAAACAAGUAACCGGCUGUCAUUCUUCAUCCUCUGAUAGCGAAUUAGAACACAAGCCCUCAUUACCAUGCAAGGCAAAAAAGCCACUAAAAAGAAACAGAAAGUUGGAAAAGAAAACAAAGCAACUUUUUAAACAAGAACAGCUAAAAAGACUCCAUAAAGCACAGGCUAUCCAGCGGCAACUGGAGGAAGUAGAGGAGAAGCAACGAGCCCUGGAAGUGUUUGGCAUUCAGCUAGAGAGAGAACUGCGAGGCGAAUCAGAUUCAGGCACACAAGAUGAAACUCAGCUGUUGCAUGAAUGGUUUGAGCUGGUAUUGGAGAAGAAUAAAUUAAUGCGCAAUGAAUUUGAACUCUUGAUCAGAGCCAAAGAGCUGGAAUUAGAGGAUCACCAAAGCCGACUCAAACAGAAACUGAGAGAAAAAAUGGCCAGUAAUGAUAGUUCAAAUAUUGAAAAGGAUCUGAGUGAUGAGUAUGAAACAUUUGAUGAGAUGAUGAAAGUGGCUGAAGAAAGAGAUAAGCUUAUAUCUUCCUUAGAGGAACAGAGAAUAGUGGAAGAUGAUGAAGACCAGCACUUAGAAAAGUCUGUGUUGUCCAUAGGAUGCCAAUUCAGCCAGACAAGAAGUAAUUCUAGACAAAUCCUUGCUCUUUCAACAUUGUGAACAUCAACAAUGCAAGAUUAUGUUUAGAAUCUUAUUGUAGAUAUGUGCUGUAUUUGCAAGGAAUGAUAUACUGCAAUUGUAAGAGGAAAGAGUAGUGUUCCCAUUAAGAGUUAUAAAAGUUGGGAUACUCUUAGAGAGAGAGAGAGAGAGAGAGUUCUGUUUGUGCUUAUCUGAUAUACUAUGGAAAUUACACUGGAAAUGUUAAUUGUGUCCCUCCCUUCUGGAAUUUUAAUUGUGAAAGUUCUCAAAAAAACCCUACAUGCUUUAGUUCUUCUUUAUAUCACAGCAUUUCCUAUCCAUCUUUAUAUAUUUGUGAAUGUGUCAUGUAUAUUUUUUAUUUUUUUAAGAUCCAUGUAUUCAUACAAGUCCAUGUAUUCAGAUUUUUACAAUAAAUAUCUUCAGUAUAUCAAUGAGUUAACUUUCAACGCUAGUUCUCAUAGUGGAAAAAACGGGUUUGUGAUAUAUAUCCAUUUGUAAAUAAACUGUGGAAGAUGUGUCAGUGCAGUGUAAAGCAGAAGUAAUUUACCAGGUGUGUUUACAAGGUUGAGGGCAUUGUACAUAUAGAUUGAAAAUUUAAUGUAGUGGAAAUACUGGCAACUUGUUGAACUGUAAUGUAAUAUUAAAAAGAUUAUCCUUAACAAAAUCUACAGGGAUCAGGUGAACCUUCUGCAAAAUAUGCAGAGAAAAACAUGGACUAAUGUAUCUUUUUAGGAUGUAUUCUCAUAUCUCACACCAUGUAACUGUCAGUUUUAUGUAUAAACCAGAACCGUGGCAUAAACCACAGCACAAUUAGCCAAAUUUUUAUACAACAUCAGUAUUUGCUAGCAAGACAUAACUAAACCAUAUACUGUUAAAAGAAAAUGCACAAAUAUGUUCUAUAUUAAUACUUUUACACAGCUACACCAGGGCUGCUUUCUUGAACGCUAAUGCAUUAUAAUCUCCCAUUGAAACCACUGAUAUUUUAGACUAGCCUGUUUGCAAGAUUGUAGCUUGAUGCAAGAACUAAUUCCCAAAUUGCAUAGUUCAUUGCUUAUGAACUAUGCUUAAUUUGAUAGUUCAUUGCUUAUUGUAGAUGAUUGUUGGACUAAAGUUCACAGCAAGGGACUCAAAAAACAAGAGGGAUUAUUUCUGUUUAAUUGAGAGAUUUAACAAUUAACAGUGAAUGUUGCUUAAAUGCUGUUUCUGCCUGUUAAUACCCCAAUGCCUGACUGAAAAACAGGAGAAAAAGCAGGACUCUUUUACAAAUAAUGCAUAGCCUACCUUUGUAAAAUACAGAUAAAGCUAAUAGCAUGUUUACUUAAGUGCCAUUAUUAAUUUCUGCUGUCAUGGUAUAUGGAAAUGCUCCUGAACGGGAAGAGGGAAAACACUGUAUUCCAUUUUACGGUAUUUAUAUAUGUAUUAUUGUGUAUUAUUUACAUGGAAUGGCAACUUAUAAGCAUAUAUUUUCCUUCAAAUAUACUUUUCUGCCUUGGUUAUUAACUGAAGAUUUAUAAUUAAUGUUUACAGAAAACUGCUUUAGCAUAUAUAAA